AUGGCCGCGACAGCUGCCGACACGUCCAUGUCGCGAUACGACUCGUCAGCCGGCGAGCUGUCAUCGCCGCCCUCGGGCUCCCUCUCAGAGCCUGGCUCUCCAUCGCGACAAGCUUCGGAUAGUCGCGUCCCCCAAGAAUAUGACGAGAUCGUUGUUGUUUCAAGUGAUGGACAAUAUCAACACAUCGGCCGGGGCCAUGGACAAGGCCGGCCCCCGCUUCCCCUGCCGCCUCAAUCAGGCACCGGGCCUCCCAGGAGAUAUGCUCUGGUCGACAACCAGUGGGUGCAAUUGACGGCUGCAGGUGUCCCGAGAAAGAAGCCCGGCCGCAAACCGGGAACCAUUGUGAAACCUAGAAACUCGGAUGGCAACGAAAUCGCAAAGGCUGCUCGUAAGCCUCGUAAGCCGCGCGAUCCCAAUGCACCCCCAAUGCAGCGCAAACGCAAGAUUGCGCCUGCCGAUGCCGACAACGAGAUUGCUGCCGAUUCAAAGUCCCUGGCUGCUGCCGCAUCUUCUGCCUCCCGCCAGCCACGUGUUUCGGAUGUCUCAAACGUGUCAGCCUCAUCGCCCGCUCAACAUCACCAGCACGCGGCUUCCGACCAGCGCUAUUCGCCCAAGAUUCCCAAACGAGAGCACUUUGGUUCUAUGCAAAGCAUUUUGAACUCGGAUCCUCCGGCCGAGCGACCGUCGUCCCAACCGCAGCCCCAAUCAAACAAUUCCACAUCCAUGCCUGUUCGCACCAGCGGCCAAAGUUACGACCCUAUCCGUGGGAAUUACGAUCCCGUUCGCGAGACAAUGGUUUCUCAUAACCCUUACGCCUCUGCUUCUGGUUCUCCUCGAGCUCCUUCUCAAAUGCCAAACCGGUCCCCAACCAUUGCGAGCUUACUCGGCGGCGGUGAUUCUCGUAGCUCAUUCCAACCGGCUUCGAAUCAGCCCCGUUUCCAAGCACAAGAGCCCUCACAACCAUCGUCCCCCUCCAAGGAACCCCAAGCAAUUUCUACACCUACACCAUCAUCACGAUCACUUGCGCAGGAGGCCAAAAAGGACCCGCCUCCACCACCACCACCUGUCCAGCGCCCAGUUAUUAAAGAGUCUAAUUUUACAACCAUCUCUAACGGCCCUAUCAAGCGGUCAUCUCCGAAGCAGAAGCCUCAUACCGGAGUUUCAACUCCCAAGACCGACAACCUCGACGACAUGCAGGAGAGCGAGGGCCGAUCUAUUCUCGACUUUGGGCGAGCAAAGCCUGGUGAAGAACUCCAGGCCCCAACCAUUGUCCUCAGCGUCCCAAUCCAGGCCGGAGAGACAAAUCGCUAUGUCAACUUUAUGCGCAUGGCUGAGGAUCGAUAUGGAUGGGACGCGCUCCACCCUCGCCUGGCAGCCAACCGGGACCGCAAGGCUCGAAUUGCCGCUGCAGCCGCCUCCCUGGAAAAGGCGGAAUCUGGCCGCGAAUCGGGUGAUGAAAUGUCCGUUGAUCUCUCCGACGCCGAGGCUAGCAACCCCGACAACGGUGGCACCAGCGGCCCCGACGCCCAGGCCAAGCCUAAGAAGAAGCGCAACUUCAAGGAGGAUCAGUAUGACGUUGAUGACGACUUUGUGGACGACUCGGAGCUUCUGUGGGAGGCCCAGGCGGCAGCCAGCCGUGACGGAUUCUUUGUCUACUCUGGACCCCUGGUGCCCGAGGUUGAGAAGCCCGCAGCUGGUCACGAAGGUCCUCCUAAGCGUGGACGUGGUGGACGAGGCAGCCGAGGUGGCGGCAGAGGAGCGUCAACUAGAGGCGGAGCUGGCAGUGGCCGUGGAGGAGGCCCUGGAUCUCGCGGAGGCUCAGUGACACGAAAGCCUCGCAUCACCAAGCAGGAAAAGGCGCAGCGCGAACGCGAAAAGGCUGAGCGUGAAAGCCUGGCACAGCUGGCUAAGACCCCGACCCAUGGCUACUCACUCAACCCGACCACUCCCUCGUUUGCCGUCAGCGAAUUGGGCGCUUAG